AUGGAUAAGUGCAAUUACGAAGGUGUGAAAAAUGAUGACACUGAAGAAUGUACAACACACAUGAAAUAUUCUUGGCAACCAUUCUUAAGACAGUUAUACGUGUGCACGCUUUGUACAUCCAUCUACUUCGUGCUGGGGUUAUGUUUCGGUGCACCAACAGUUUAUAUCCCACAGUUGAGGAAAGAAGCAAAAUUAAAUCUAACUGAGCCAAUGACUGCUGAAAUGGAGUCCUGGUUAUCAUCAAUUCUCGGGUAUACUUCGAUGCCGUGGGUGAUUAUUUUACCCAUUUUGGUUCGAUACGUUGGAAGAAAAAUCCCAUUCCUACUUGUUACCGUACUAACAUUUGUGAGUUUCAUCAUUUUCUACUGCAGUACCAAUGCAAUGCAUCUUUUAAUAAGCGAGAUAAUUCAAGGCAUUACUCUCGCCAGUAAUUUGACGGUUUUAAUAUGCAUAAUAGUUGAGUACUCGUCGCCCCGUUAUCGAGGUGUGCUAAUGAUGAUAGAAUCGUCUAUUUUCUUCUGGGGUGUCUGGAUUGCCAAUGUAACCGGAACUUUUAGUCACUGGAGGAACAUUGCUAUAAUUGCAUUUGUAUGCUGUACAUAUUCUAUGACGGCUAUCAUCAUGCCAGAAUCUCCAUCCUGGCUUGCAAUGAUGGGACGUUUUGACGAAUGUGCUGCAGCACAUCAUUGGUUAAAAGGAUAUGACAAAGAAUCUGAAGACGAACUUGAGAGCCUCAUAAAGUCACAAAAAGAAUAUUUAAAGAAAUGUGCCGACCGUAAGAAGCCCAAAUCGUUUUGCCAAUUUGACGUUAUCAAAGAAACAGUAACUAAUAAAGGUUUUUACAAACCGCUCCUGUUAUCAAUGGCAGUUAUGUCUCUGUAUCACUUUUCAGGAAAACUCGUAUGUUCGAUGUAUGCUGUAGAUUUGAUAAGUCAAAUUACUGAUAGUGAAUCCGCUGCCUAUAUCGAGGGUGCUUUCUUGUUUUACGGCAUAUCUGCAUCUAUUUUCGCAUUCAUCUUAUACAUAUAUUUACCUGAAACCAAAGACAAAACUUUGCAAGAAAUAGAAAAUUAUUUUAAGGAGGCAGAAGAAGUAGACGAGGAUGCAUCAAAAUCUUUUAUUUCUAGUAGAGAACAUGUGAAGGAGUGUUAA